UUUCCGCUGCAAACAGCACUGAACAUCGGAAGUUGAGAGAUACUCGUCAAACAACCUGGACAACUUCCUCUAAAUUUUAAUACUUCCUUUGACAGGGAGACAGGCACCGUUACACCGUUAGCAUGGAUAUUGAUGACCUGGACAAUGUGAUCUUCUUGGGCGCUGUCACGGUGCUCAGCGCUCUUCAGAACGUAUUCUUUGCGUACACGGUGCAGAACGAAUCCGUCCAUCAGCGCCCUGCAAACACAGCUUUCGAUCGGGUUAGUGUGGCAAACCACAACUGCAUUGAAGUUUAUCCCACAUUUCUGGCUCUACUAUGGACUGCUGGACUUUUUGUAAAUCAAGCUCCUGCUGCCUUUGCUGGAUUGCUGUAUUUGGUGGUGCGGCACAAAUACUUUGUUGGAUAUUUAGGAGAAAACAGUCAAAGCCUCCCUGGGUUUUUUUUUGGAAAACGUUUAAUGGCCUUCCUCUUCAUCAUGUCAACUGCUGGAAUUGUCAACUACGCAACAAACUACUUCCUUGGGAUCAACUUUCUGUUUUACAUUCAAACAGUCACAAAGGCCUCUGCUGCAUUGCUUCUUAUUCCUUAAUCAAAUAGAAGCCAUUAUCAGCAUAAUCAUUUAACGAAACCAACCAUUUACAAUUUUGUCAUACCAUAAUAUAUCUGUGCCUUUGUGGUUAAAAAAAAACUGCAGCAUUUUAUCUUGGUUUUAUUAUGAUGCACAAAUAAAAUUGACUAAAAUUAAA